CACCGAUUAAUUAAAAAAAAAAACAUAAUUGCAUAUAUAUAGGAAGGGCAUAGCGGGCGAAGUAACACGAGAACCCCCACUACUUGUUGAGUGCAGUUUGGAAUCGGUGUUUUCUCGGACUUCUUUGUUCUUCUUCGCUCGUACAACCUGGUGAAUGGAGAAUCCGGAUGCAAAUCAGCUUCCCGAGGUGGAUUCAAUGCCAGAUGGGUUUGUUGACAGUUCUACAGAGCAUCUUGCUCCUCAAACCCCGAAUUUCGAGCAAGAGAAGCCUGUGAACAACCGUAAAGAUGUUGUUUCAGAGCUUGAGCAUUCAAACGAAGCAUCCUUGGAAAUCACAGCAUACGAGUCUCAGAAAAGCCAUGGUAGGGCAGAGAAGACAGAGAAGCUGAGAACUUUUCCUGUUCCAUUGUCUGACUUCGAUAGUUUUGAAGCAAAUCUGCAAUUGGCAGAGGUGCCAGAUGAAAGCUGUGUGGAAGGAACAGAGGUCGCGGUGGGCAUGCCGGAUCCUGCUGUUGUUUCUAAAGCUUCAGUUGGGGUAUCUGAAUGCAGUGAAGUAAAAGAACAAGCUCAAGGGAGUUGUCAGAGUUCAGAGAAAUCUAUUGAAGGAGGGUCAGACGUAAAUGCAACGCAUAGAAAGGAAACAUCUUCAGAAACCACUGAAAUACUGAGAAAUGGAAAACAAGAAGUCACUGAAACCAAACGCAAGAAUACAAAGCGUUCAUUUAAAUCGGAGAAAGAGUUUCUGGAGUUCACUUUGAAGUAUCAGCAAGUUAUUGCAGAAAGAGAUGCAGCUAUUUCUGUUCGUGAUAAGCUUGAGUCUCUGUGUAGGGAGUUACAACGUCAGAACAAAAUACUUAUGGAUGAAUGCAAACGGGUGUCAACAGAGGGGCAAAGCUUGAGAUUAGAUUUGUCAGCAAAGUUCCAAGAUGCAAUCAAGGAUGUUAGUAAUAAGCUUGAAGAGCAAAAGGAUGAAUCGCUUUCGCAGCUUAAGGAAAAUGAGAUGUUAAGAAUUAAGUUGAAGCAACUUGUUGAUCAGUAUGAUCUUUCUGAAGAGCAACAUGCACAGCAGUUAAAGCAGAAAAACCUGGAACUUCAAAUUGCUGAUCUCAAAAUUAAGCAACAUGAAGCGAAAUUAGUCCAGGAGAAGUCCCAGAUGAAGUUAUAUGCAGAACAGGUCUCACAAUUGCUUGCAACUGAAAAGAAUUUGCGGUUGCAGCUGACGGCUGAUGGAGAGAAAUUCCAACAAUUCCAGGAAGCGUUACUAAAGAGCAACGAGGUAUUUGAAACAUUUAAGCAAGAGAUUGAGAAGAUGGCAAAAUCUAUCAAGGAACUGAAGAAGGAAAAUUUAUUUUUGAAGAGCAAAAGCGAGAAAUCCGAUGUUACCCUUAUAGAACUUGUUGGAGAGAGAGAGGGAUUGAAGAAACAAUUGGAGAAAAUGAAGAAACAGAAAGAAAAGCUUGAAUCAUUAUGCCGAUCACUCCAGGCAGAGAGGAAACAAGCUUCUACCGGGAGCAAUAGCUCGGAAUCGACUUUAUGAAGUCAGUGGCCCUUAUGACCUUGUAUGAAGCUUUAAAAGAAAUUUUGGAACUUUUGCUUCUUAAUUUAUACCCAUUUUCACAACUUAUAAAUUAAAUCCUUGAGAAUUUCAAAGAAUCGUCUCUUUAUCAAUGUAAGUGGGCGUGUUUGUUCCACAAUUAUGGUACUUGGUUGUAUUGCUCAGCUUGUAUUUUGCAUCUUUAUAUGUGAAAUCAAAAUUCUCAUUGGCACAUUAUAUAAGUUGGUUUAAUCUUA